AUGGCUACCCCAAAGGAAUUUCGCCAAAAACAAGAAAAUUACGAACCAGUUAAAAAGCCACUACACGUGACCGCUAUAUAUAAUAAUAUAACAUAUAUUAAAUAUGGCACUUUAAUAUAUUUUCGUAUUUCUGUUUUACAGGUUUGGAGUGAUGUCACAUCUUUGACAUUCAAACAGUUGGCUAUCAGGAAUACAGAUAUCGAUGUAUUGUUUGCGGCUCAUGAACACGGGGAUCGUCAUCCGUUCGAUGGAAUCGGAGGAACGUUAGCUCACGCUUUCUUUCCUGAGUUUGGUGGUGACGCACAUUUUGAUGAUUCCGAACCUUGGUCUGUUGACAGUUGGAAAGGGGUUAAUCUCUUUCAAGUGGCGGCGCAUGAAAUUGGUCACUCUCUCGGUUUGGCUCAUUCUGAUGUCAACGAUGCUUUGAUGGCACCGUUCUAUCGAGGAUAUAAACCAAAUUUUAAACUAAGCAGAGAUGAUAUAGCUGCAGUACAAGAACUCUAUGGAGAUAAAUAUUAUCGAUUGUCAGGAACAGGAAUUGAUGUAGGAUAUCCGAGAAAAAUUGAAUGGGACUGGUUCGGUGUCACUGGUCCUAUUGACGCAGCCCUUACCUGGGAUAAUAGCUACACAUUUAUAUUUAAGGGUGAUGAAUAUUGGAAGUUUGACCACAUGAAAGCAGUCAGUGGAUAUCCACGUAAAAUACGCGAUGGCUUCAAGGGAGUGCCGGAUAAUAUAGACGCAGCUUUUGUAUGGGGUGGAAACGGAAAGACUUAUUUUAUUAAAGGUCAGCUUUAUUGGAGAUGGGCUAAAUAUGGAGUAGAUUUUGGUUAUCCAAAGCAGCUGAACGUCUGGGUUAACCUUCCCUCCCGUGUUACCGCGGUGUUCAAAUGGCAAAAUGGAAAAACCUACUUCUUCAAAGAUGACACCUACUAUAGAUUCAAUGACAAAAACUUUAGAGUUGAUGAAGGCUACCCACGUAAAGUCAGUACUUGGUGGUUAGGAUGCAAUGACGACACACAAAAUCAAAUGCACCACAACGUGCAUUCAAUCAUCACUGCUCAUCCAAGUAUUCUAAAUCCGCCACGGACUCGGAAACCCCCAAGAGGUAGUCAAGACGAAAAUGAAAAUAUGCAAACGAAAUUACAAAUUACACAGAAUGAGGCAUACCGAACAAAUUGUCACAUCACUUUAUUGCUAACUACUUUUUUUACAAUAGUGUUCUUUCUAAGGCAAUGAUGUUGCAGAGGAAAUAACUUCAAAUUAAACAACAAAAUAAAAUCGAACAAAAGAAAAAAUAUUUAAAAGAUAAGGAUAAUAAUUAUAAUACUAUAUAAUUAUUAUUGAUAUUAAAUAAAAAUUAUAACUAUAAUAAUUUUUAAAACAAAAAAGAUAAUAUUAAUGCUAAUGAUAAUAUUAAUGAUAACAAUAUUAGUGGUGGUGAUGGUGAUUAUAAUGAUGAUGAAGAUGAUGAAGAUGAUAUUAUUAAUUAUAAAAUCAUAAUUAUAAUAUUAAAAUUUACGAUAUA